UUUCAUCGUCAACUUGCUCGACUGUCAUCGAGGGUUGACGAAGAUGCGGCUGACACGCUCUGUCGAUUUCGUCGUCUUCUUGGAGUGAAAUAAGCCGGCUAACGAGAAGUUGUAGAAUCAUGUGGCCAAUGCGGUUGGAGAUGACUCGUGAUGAGUGCAGAAAGUGUUUGCGAUACCUCGAAUUAGAUGCUUAUGGAAGUAUAGUUUCUGUUCUACGUGCCCAAGGCCCUUUUACCAGUGACAAACAGAAGUUGUUACAGGAAAUUGCUAAAAUGUUAAAUAUUUCCAAUGAGAGGCAUCGUGCUGAAGUACGAAGAGCUGUGAAUGAUGAAAAGCUAGCAACAAUUGCUGAACAACUUAAUGGUCCAAAUACUGGUACAGAUUGGACUAUUGAAGGUCGCCGGACUAUUCCUCUGUUGCCAAGAUUAAAAGGACGGUCGGUAUUCACAACACUAGCAAAUAGUUUAUCUCUUGCUACUGCAGUCGCAAAUGCAAAAAGUCCUGAUAGACAUGUUACUUCUGGACAGUUCGAAAACCUCACAGCUAUUGAAAUUGAAUCUCAACCUGAAGUAAAAACAGAGGAAAACUUAUCUGUUACUCUGAUAAAAAAAUCUGAUACAAAAUUAUGUAACCUUGAAAACGAACUCGAGAACAGCAAAACUUUACAGGAAAAUUCAAAUUCGAACGAAAAUGAGGUGUUAGAUAAUAAAGAUACGGACGAAAAAGUUACCGAAGCGCCCAAGUUGAAAAUUUUCAGAAAACGUAAAUCUCCUUCCCCGUUACCAGCACUGCCGAGUAAAGUUCUGGUGGUAUCAUCGGACUCAUUAGAGACGUUGAACCACGCUGUUACAGAUAAAACUACGUUCGAGAAUGAUGUUCAAGAGCCGCAGGCAACCACUCAUUAUCAAAAUGUUAAAUUAAUUCCAUUAACCGUCGAGAUCUCAGGUUCUAAGGAGAGCGAAACGUCGGGAAGCACAGUCGGUCGACCCUUAGUUCCAAUAAACAAACAUACUAGUACAAUAAUUCCCGCAAUGUGCACAAGCAACGCCAACAAGCCUAAGACGAUAGUAAGCUUCGCGCAGAAUAAACUUAGUACAAAUGUGACGCCGAUUACGUCAAAUGACGGUGCGUCAAACACGACGUUAAACAAGUUGCAGGUAGAAAAUGCAGACGCACGAUCUCAGGAUAACGCAAGUGAUAUGCAGAAAACUCAGAAAUCUGAGACAAGCUCAAGUCUGUCUUGCAUAAAGCGAGUGCCACCGGUCAUACACACCAAUACAAAUACAAAGCCCAUAAUGUCUAAAUCAGUUAUAUCGAGCAAUACACAUCGAAUUAUGGCUGUGCAUCCAGGCACUACAGUGUCGAGCGGCCCAGGGCCACCUCAAGUUAAGCAAGCUACUCCAUUAUUAACUUAUAAAAAGUGGUCAUCUGAACAAAAUGCGACUUUCAGUCCGCAGUCUACUGCCAAAAUGAGUGUCACGAUAAAUUCUACAAAAGCUGUAAAUAUACCUCAUCAUUCUAACACUAAAUUAACUGCUAAAACUAAUGUGAUCGUUAUCCAGAAGGGUCAUGCAAAGGGUGUAACAUUAUCGCAUGCAGGCAAGGAGGUAUUAGGAAAAGUAAUAAUGGGAGGGAAAAAUCUAUGUGUUGCAAGCCAACAUAAUGCAAGCUCGGUUAGUGUUUCACCACAUCACGUCUCUGUGAACGGAGAUCAAACAACGACCACGCUACCGAUCGCACACCCACCGAAUGCAGAAUCCGUGAAAACGAAUAUAAAGUCUGGAAACACGAUUGUGUUCAAUCUGCGGAAGGACGUCUUCGAGAAGAAAAAGAUUCUCUCACAAUGCCUCGACUCGUCCGGCGUUCUUAAUACGGAACCUAAGACUGUGAUACAAAGCAGAUAUACGCGCCUUCUAACGGAAGAAUCCAAUAGUGACGCAAAUGCGAUCGACAGGGAAUCGUCUCCUAAGACGGACUCUAUCAUCAUUUCUACGACGGAGAGAAAACAGUAUAGCAAGGAUGAAGAUGUUAACGUAAGCGUGAAUUCUGAAGUAAUAAAUUCGCUAGAUACCGCGGAAGUGCCGCAAGUUGAGGAAAUACUUGUCAAAUCGACACAACUUGUCAAUAAACAAGAUGAUGCUGAAAACGAUAGUCGGACACAAAAAUCCAGUAAGGACAUGGACAUGUUCGAUGCGAUGUUAGAAUCGACGAGUGCGAAUUUGGAGAGUUUCCAACACCUGGAGACGGAAACCAUAAACCACGUGGACGAGCACGACGACUCGUAACGACUAAGAGGUGUCGACGUUACGUACGUCGUAAAUCGUCGUCGUACGGCGACAAGGCUGAUACUUUCGUCUCGAAAGCGUACUGAUACAUCUAUUUUACGUAAAUAUAAAUAUAAAUGCGUACGUUUCUAUUUAUAUAUGUUUAUUUUAACGAAGUUUACACACAUACACACACGCCUACGUUUGCUCCUUGGAACACUCGAUAAUUUCAAAAGAAAUCGAAAUGACUUCGCGAUCCUGAUGUCUCAGUUAUUAUUUCCUAGCGUAGCACGAACGAGGCGAUUUGAUCAUUUGUAAAAAUGAGGUUUCGACACCAAAAUUCAAUCAUACUGAUUGACGCUAGUACUAUGUAAGUGCCAAAUCGUGAUCUGCCGUUCUUAUAUAAAUUAUAUUCUCGUGAAAAGAGGAAUAACCAUGACACGCACGGCGCGCAUUCACUCAUUAAUUUUUUUUUUUUCGUGAUAUCAACUCGCCACGCAAAUUACUGAUCGUUCCUAAGUCAACCUUUUUGAUUCUACUUUAUCGUGACUUUCCUUCCUAUUAGUUUAAAAGAGAACUGCGAGUUGGAAUUAUAUCGAGAUGCAUUUAGUGCUAAAUAUAUGACACUGUCCCAUUGCCAAUUUACAUUUUGAAUGUUUCUCGUAUAUUUCGCGGACAAAUAGCAGGCAGCUUCUAUUCAGCAUUUCGCGUAGCUUUCCGAUUCCGAGAUUUGUCUUUUAAUUACAUAUCAAAUCAGGAGUCUCACAGCUACGUGUAACGUUAUAGAACGCGACGCGAGCAAAGAUAUUUCAUACGUUGCACAGCGAGAGAAGAAAUAACCGGACGUGUCUUACGCACAUUCAAAAAUUGUUUCGUAUUUUACCCAUGAAUAACGUAACAUUUGAAGAUGUGUAAGACUAAACGUUUCUGUAAAUGUGAUAUUAUGGUGUUAAGUACUAGAAUUUUGGUUCUAUGAAUCUGUCACUUGCUCAUACUUAUUAACUGUCGUAGCGGCAUUGUAAAUACUUUGUAAAUACACUGAAGAACUUGGGCUACUGUGAGAAUGUACGUUUUAGAGUGGAUGUAGGUGAAUCUGCAUAGAUGCAUGUGAUCAUAUGUGAUCAUGUAAAUCAUGUAUAUGUGUAUAUGUAUAUACACACCAUAGAUACACAUAUACAUAUAUACAUAUAUAUUGCAAUACCUUCCCACUCUAUCGCCAUUAAUGAAGUGUAAGUGUCAAUAGAGACUCGACGAUAGUUUUAGUUAUUUUAUCGUUGUAGGUACUGUGCGCGUUUCUUGCUCUCUUUUUAAAUAAAACUUGCUCGUAUAGAGCGAGAGCCAGCAAUCUGUUCUUCAUUAAAGAGCAUAAUUAGAUUUAACAGGAAAAGAAUAUAUUUUUUCAUAAGCGAGAAGUGACACUGCCCUUCGAUUCGCAAUAUUGCGGUGCUCUGUUACUCAGAUUUUUUACUGUAAUCGUGUGUCUACAGGAUUUUCGCCUAAAUCGCUGUAAUUUGUAUGCAGCUAUUACGUGCGAUCGUGGUUUUCACCUCAAUAAAUCAGCUGGAUCAUUGAUCAUCUGUUAAACCGAAUAUAUUAAAUAUAUUGUAUCGAUCGUCUUGAAUAUACCAUACCUUCCAUCUGUGAAA